AUGUCUAGAAGUUCUCCAAGGCAAAAGCAAUACUCACGCCAUUAUGAUAUCGUUAAUGGUAACUCAGGCUCUCCUGUCAAACCCAGUCACCGCUAUACUCAAGACGAUAAUUCCCAUCGCAAUUAUCAUCAUCGUGGUCGCCACUCGCAAGAACGCGUCAAGGGUCUCUGUAGCAGUCGACGAACUCCCAAAGAAGGAUGUCUCAACUCUAGACAUCGCUCGCGUCGCUCUAGCGGCAACAUGUCACCCGAUUAUUUUGCCAGGAAGCAUUCUCGACGCGAUUCAAACAAUCAACACCACCACUCCUACUCCAAAUCCCCACGGAAUCGGCACCGGCAUGUGAAUAAACGGUCAAAUAAGGCCAAAGAACGCUCUCCUUCAUCGUCCUCUCCCAACAGUUUGCGUUCAGCUAUAGAACCUAACUCUCCUAACCGUGUUUUAAUCAGUGCAGAGUCCCCUGAUAGUUUUAUCCCACCUAUUGUGGCAUCACCGAUCUCUCCCAACUCCUCAUUUGGAAAUUCUCUUUUUGAUCAGAUUUCUGAUCAGCCAAAGAAUCCGAUUUCAGUCCCCCCAGACGAAGUUUACACACCUGAAGACUUGUAUUUGUUGCGCCUCCCUUCCUCCUCUUCGGCUGUGAUUCCUUUGGGAGCACCACAGAAGGCGGUGGCAGCAGUGGGUAACGUAGAUGGGGUUGGGACUAGGGUGAGGAUGUUUGAAGAGAAUGCGGAGGAGGGGGAAGAGGUGGUACCGAUGGACCUUGCUUCCAGUCCUUUUCCUCACCACAGCCCCGAGCCUAGUAAAGGGUCCAUCCACCAUCCCUCCACUCCCCCUCCUCAAAAAGACCUUCCUGCUGAGCCUAAGAAGGAACGUAAUUCCCUCACGGAUGAAUCAUCGAUGACUGGUCCCUCUGCAGGUAUUGAAGUCAGCAAAGCUACUAAGGCUCAUAACGAGCGGAUGCGAAGUAAACUGGUGCCGGCGAAGCGGAUCACAUUGCCACCGUUGCAUCUGUACCUGUCAGAGGAUGGAACCUCGCCGCUGCCACCGGGGUGGCAGCGGGCACCAAACCCUGCAGCGACGCAAGGUGGCGAGGACGGCGGCUACCCCUACUACUACUACCACACUAAGACGCGUCUCACACGCUGGGACCCUCCCGUCUAUCCCUGGGAUGCCGACCCCGAGGACAACCUCAUCCCCGACCGACCUGACGACGACCCCGAGGCGCCCUAUAACUGGAACUGCGCACAUCGCUACGCCGUCACUCAUGAGGAGAUCGAAGCUAUGUACGCGCAGUAUCGGAGCCGCAUGCUCGAGCGUCAGUGCAUGGAGCUGAUACACGAGAUGGGCGCUCGGCCAGAUGUCCCGCAGGGCGCACAAGAACAAAGCUUUGCCAUCGAGCUUUUUUCUUUCAUACACAAUGAACUGCGAAAAUUCAGGGACGCGAGAGUGGAUCUUGGCAGGAUCACAAACGAUGAAGAUCUCCAUCACCUUACAAACAAGCUGGCUCAAGAAGUCAUUCCGAAGGAGGUUAGGAACCUUCACCGGGCCCAGCAGGCAAGUGCCUCCAGCCUCUUUGCCGCGGUGGUUGCCGAGGUGACACCAGCCAUACGGGAUCGAGUGUCGAGCUACGUGCGUCGUUACAUGGAGUCGAAAGGUCUGUGCUACCGCAAAUUAAUUCCCCACCACCACAACCACCAGCACCACUCUGGCCACUAG